AUGGCACGUCGUCUGAGACUUCAUUUUGCCACCAGAAGAAGUAACACUGAUCCACUGCCCGACAGCUCUGGAGAUGGUCUGGAUAGCAAUAUUCACAUGUGUUUCCAAAGUAUCUCCCAUUCUUCUGCGCCAAGUGUGAUACAGAUGAGACUGUCUCCACGGCAAACAGUACAGCUAUCACCUUCACCUGAAAUUGCACAGUCAUAUCAAGGUACUUCUGUUUCACCGCCUAGCAAAAAAAGCACAUCACUUCAGAUUUCUUUACAGACCAGCCGGAAUAGUAGAUGCCAUCAGUCUGGCAACGCAGACCUUGCUGCGGAGGAAGACAUUUCUUUCGUCAGCGAUUACAAGGAUGGGAUUAAUUCUAGUUAUAACAUGAGCAGGAAUUAUAGCUGUCACCCGGUCGUAAAUGACAGCAGUUUCCCAAAUAACACCUUGGCUAAGAACGGCAGUUCAUGUAGCAUUGCUGUGAGUGACAAUGGAUCAUUUAGUAGCAACAGCAGUGACUAUGGAUCUUGUACGAGUACAACAAGUGACACUGGUUCAUGCUCGAAUAGUGUUUUAAGUGACAAUAGUAGCAGUACCCUUUCUCUAGGUGAUGCUAGUUACAUUAACAAUGUGCUUGCUAACAAUACAGUCUAUGCAAAUGCGGAAGUCAAUCCUUGCAAACUGAAUAAUGUUCGUAAGGUUUAUUCUAGGUGUAAAAGUACAUUUCCUUUUGACCAUGAGGAACUAGACAAAGAAGUGACAAUGAGAAAUCUGCCAUCAAGAAGGAAAAUAAGGCUUCCUCUGAGACGUUGUUCUUCUUUGGUGAUCUUCCCUCGGAGUCCCUCUGAGACUCCACCAACUUCUCCAACUACUUUGAGUCCCCCAAUUAAUAGAGGCCCUUAUCAGACAUCCUAUCAGUUCAUGCUUUGUUCUAAUGAGCUUACAGAGAAGGAAGAUCAGACCUCAUCCAAGGGAUUUCUUUCAACAGCAGUCAAUGGAGUGCGUCUUCACAAAAAUAAUUGCACUAUUGGGGAAGUUAGAGACAUUAAACCACUUUACUUGAAUGACUCUUUACAAGAGACCGAUCCGUCACAUGGUGUUCAGAAGCCAGAUACUGCAGAGGAUGGAUUUUCUCCUGUUUCACUAAAUGUUUCUCACCAGAGACAAUUGUCGGAAGGUAGGGAACGUGACUAUGUAAGAUCACGCAGACAUGAUAAAUCUGAGACCAGCAAUGGAGUGCAGUCACAUCGGCACAUCCGACUAUCGCGAAGCACCUCUGCUUGUUCUCCUUCAAAAAAGAUUACGGAAUAUCAGAUCAGUAUUAGUAGAGACCAGAAUAGCAAAGUUAUUCCCAACAGGAAAUCAAGCCAUCUCUUCCAAAGAAGUAUAUCGGAAGGACCUCCCAACAAACUAAACUCUUCUAGUCUUAAGUAUAAUUACCCAAAAUUAGGGUCAUCCCAUUUGCACAUACAGUUUGCACCUGGAAGUGAAAGCAGGAUUUGUAGCUUUAAGAGACAAUCCAUAAGUAAACCCUCUACUGGUGUGACUGUCAAACCCUCUGUGAAACCCUUCAAGACCAGAGAUGACUUUCUUGGUCAAGUGGAUAUUCCUCUUUACCAGUUACCGACAGAAAAUCCCAGGUUGGAGCGACCAUAUACAUUUAAAGACUUUAUUCUUCAUCCACGAAAUCAUAAAUCUAAAGUCAAGGGACAUCUUCGAUUAAAAAUGACUUACUUACCUAAAAACAGUGGAUCAGAAGAAGAAAACACAGAGCAGGGCGAAGAGGUGGAGCCUGGUUGGGUUAUAUUGGACCAACCAGACCCUUCUUGUCAACCACAGCAGCAGGAAUUGUCUCCAUUACCUCCAGGGUGGGAAGAGAAACAGGAUAUCCUUGGCAGAACUUACUAUAUCAACCAUCAGUUUAAAAGAACACAGUGGCAGAGACCUACCAUUCAAGAUGGCAAUGCAGGUCCGGAAAGUGGCAGUGUUCAGCUGGAGGCUCAACGUGCAUUUACUACUCGAAGACAAAUCUCUGAGGAUACAGAAGUUCCAGAAGCCAGGGAUUCUCCAGAGAGCUGGGAAAUUAUUACAGAGGAUGAUACUACGAUCUACAGCAACCAUACUAAUCAGCCCUUGCCUGGCAAUGAUCUCCUAGCACAAGUCACUGAUGAGCUGAGCACCAGACUUCACAUAUCUGGAAACAUAAUCACUGGUAGACAAAGCUCCAACACUGCCCAUUCCAGCAGAAGAGAGAACCUGCAACCAUAUACACAAGAAGAACUCCCCACAUUACCUGUUUUGUUACCGACCUCUUCAGGGUUACCGCCUGGUUGGGAGGAAAAACAAGACGAGAAAGGAAGGUCAUAUUACAUAGAUCACAAUACAAGAACUACAACAUGGGAGAGGCCUGUAGUUCAGAAGCCUAUGCCUGUGGAAAUGUCACAGACAUCACCCACCCAGAUCGUUUCUAGUGGUCGUCAACAGUCGCCACCAUAUGAAUCCACCAAACAGGCUGUGGACCAGGAUCAGGGAUUCCUUCCUAAAGGCUGGGAAAUGAGGCAUGCCCCAAGUGGACGGCCCUUCUAUAUCAAUCACAUCACAAAGACUACAACAUGGGAAGACCCAAGACCUAAAAAUCCAGUACAACUACGGCCAAAGCCGCCUAUAGAUGUGUCAGACCUGGGACCACUACCACCUGGUUGGGAAGAGAGAACACACACUGAUGGACGAGUAUUUUAUAUUGACCACCACACAAAGAGAACUCAGUGGGAGGAUCCACGCUUACAGACUGCCACAAUAACAGGACCGGCUGUACCUUAUUCUCGGGAUUACAAAAGAAAAUAUGAGUACUUCCGUAAAAAAUUGAAGAAGCAGCUUGAUAUUCCUAACAGGUUUGAAAUGAAGCUGCGUCGCACCGCAAUUUUUGAGGAUUCUUAUAGAAGAAUAAUAACUGUGAAAAGGCCAGAAUUCCUUAAAGCACGUCUCUGGAUUGAAUUUGACAAUGAGAAAGGAUUGGAUUAUGGUGGAGUUGCUAGAGAAUGGUUCUUCCUGAUAUCUAAAGAAAUGUUUAAUCCAUAUUAUGGUCUGUUUGAGUAUUCUGCAACUGAUAAUUACACUUUGCAGAUCAAUCCAAAUUCCGGUCUGUGCAAUGAAGAUCACCUUUCGUAUUUUAAGUUUAUUGGCCGUGUGGCUGGGAUGGCGGUGUAUCAUGGAAAACUUCUGGAUGGUUUUUUCAUAAGACCAUUCUAUAAAAUGAUGCUGCAGAAGGCAAUUACCCUGAAUGACAUGGAGUCUGUGGACAGCGAAUAUUACAAUUCUCUCCAGUGGAUACUUGAGAAUGAUCCAACAGAACUAGACCUACGGUUCACUGUGGAUGAGGAACUCUUUGGACAGACACAUCAACAUGACCUCAAGCCUGGUGGAUCAGACAUAGUAGUCACCAACAAGAACAAGAAAGAGUACAUACACCUUGUCAUACAGUGGAGGUUUGUGAACAGGAUCCAAAAACAGAUGGCUUCUUUCAAAGAGGGUUUUUUUGAACUGAUUCCUCAGGAUCUAAUAAAAAUAUUUGAUGAAAAUGAGUUGGAGCUCCUCAUGUGUGGCUUGGGAGAUGUGGAUGUCAAUAACUGGAGAGAACAUACCAAGUAUAAGAAUGGAUAUUCUCUUGGACACCCAGUUAUUCAGUGGUUUUGGAAGGCUGUAUUAAUGAUGGAUGCAGAGAAGAGAAUUCGCUUGCUGCAGUUUGUCACCGGUACUUCAAGGGUGCCAAUGAAUGGAUUUGCUGAGCUAUAUGGCUCAAAUGGACCACAGUUGUUUACAGUUGAAAAAUGGGGCUCACCAGAGAAACUUCCCAGGGCACACACAUGUUUUAACCGCCUGGACUUGCCACCUUAUGAGUCAUUUGAGGACCUAUGGGACAAGCUGCAUAUAGCAAUAGAAAAUGCUCAAGGUUUCGAUGGCGUGGACUGAAGCGUGCUUGAUAUGCUACCCUUACAACUGAGGCUAGUCUUUUCGCAGGAAACUUUUAUAGUGUUAUUUUGCAAUUUUUGUUUAGAAGUUCUUCUAUUUAUAGAAGAUGACCAGAAAGAUAUUCCUCUGCAUCAGUACAGAGUAAGUGCAUAUGUGUGUACUCCUCACACAAGGAUCAUUUUCCAAGUUCCUCCUGCAUUUCACAUAACAUGGUGUCUAUAAGACAUAAUGGUUACUGCUCACUCCAGAUGUCAAUCUUGCUUGGUCAUUAAAACUACUGAUUUUAAGUUGUUAAAUGAGCAUAACAAAAUGUUACAACUAUGAGACUGUCCCCUUAUGUGAAAGAAGAUACUUCCUAAACCCUAA